UCUGGAAGGGCAGAUCAGAAUAGUCCGCUCAAGCUACACGCAAGGUCGCGUCCCCAGCUGUGGGGUUGAGGUGUUUUUAUUAUUUGGACAAAGAUGAUGUCCACCGUUAUCCGCCCGGGGGUCUUUUCCUCCUACUAUCAAGUAACCAAACACGGUGUUAAAAGCCUGGUUUUCCCUGGAGCCAAGGAGCUGCUGCCUGCUGUUGCUCCAGCAGGAACCCGCCUCGCCCACACAGACAUCAAGAUUCCUGACUUCUCCGACUAUCGGCGACCCGAGGUUUUAAAUCCCCAGAAGUCCUCACAGGAGAGCAGUGAGGCCAGGAGGGCCUUUUCMUACCUGGUGACCGGAGUCACCACCGUAAUUGGCGUGUAUGCGGCCAAAACUGUGGUCACCCAAUUUGUCUCCUCCAUGAGCGCCUCAGCGGACGUUCUGGCCUUAUCCAAGAUUGAGAUCAAGCUGGGCGACAUCCCAGAAGGCAAAAACAUGACCUUCAAGUGGAGAGGGAAGCCCCUAUUCGUCCGUCAUCGCACCGAGAAGGAAAUCGCGGCAGAGGCGGAUGUGAAUCUUGGAGAGCUGCGCGACCCCCAGCACGACAAGGAUCGAGUGCUCAACCCCAAGUGGGUCAUCGUUCUCGGCGUGUGCACCCACCUGGGCUGUGUGCCCAUUGCUAAUGCAGGAGAAUAUGGGGGCUACUACUGUCCUUGCCAUGGUUCACACUACGACGCUUCUGGAAGAAUUAGGAAGGGACCUGCUCCCCUUAACCUUGAGGUUCCCUACUACGAGUUCCCAGAUGAAGAGACGGUUAUUGUGGGAUAAAUACAAGAGAUCUUUAAACUCCUYCCUCUAAUUUAAAUUUAAUGUGUUGGUUUGAGGGGGACAUAAAUGUAAGAUUGCUAAUAGUCAUUUGCAAAGGCGCCAUUAUGUCUUAAGUGAUUCUUCACUUUCUCACUCAUCAUGAUUUGUUUAAAAUAUUGCCUCUGCAGCAAUAAAGUACUUUAAUC